UGUUGGCUUGCUAAUUAAAGGGUUUUACUUACAAUUUAUCCUAAGCAGAAUCUUCAAACAUUUCCUGAUUUCUGUCGCAUUGAUUCAUCAGUUAAUCAAGCAGUAAGAGUAAUUUUGUUCUUUUGACAAAUGGGUGACUCGAUUGGUCCGAGGUUGUACAGUUGCUACAAAUGCAGGAACCAUGUAGCACUACAUGAUGAUAUUAUCUCGAAAGAUUUUCAGUCGAAAAGUGGAAGAGCCUAUCUGUUUACGCAUGUAAGGAAUGUAUUCGAAGGGCCAGAAGCUGACCAAGAACUGAUCACAGGUCUGUACACUGUGUCCGACGUUCACUGCACGGAUUGCCGGGAGGUUUUGGGAUGGAAGUACGAUAAGGCAUUUGAGGAAUCCCAGAAGUACAAAGAAGGCAAAGCUGUGCUUGAAAAGUUUAAGAUUGUUAAAGAGAAUUGGUAGCACCCAUUGCUGCUGUUUCAUUGCCAAAAAUCCUGUUUGUUUGCGUUGU